CCAUUUUGGCUCAACGUCCGCGAGGUGAGUGCAUCUCCUCCUGGCAUCUCAAUCGAACAACUGCUCUUUCUUACCCUUUACAUCUGCUCUUUCUUACCCUUUCAAGCCAUAGUCGCCUCAGUCAUGGCGUACAAGCUAAUCAUCGCGACGGCGUCCGCGUUCGCUUCCAUGGUGGGCGCCGAGCUGCAUCUCAUCCAGGUGUCCGUGAGCCCGACGCCGAGCCCCACGCCCCACCCGACGGCUCCAACGCCAGCGCCUACCUCCGAGCCGACGACGGAUUUGUGGUUGCCAGUGCUGAGCAAUGAUCAUGCGGAUGGCACCAUCGGUAGGUAUUUCAAUUUCGAGGUUGAGAUUGAUUUGAGGUUUCAAUUUCCGUGGAACGGUUUACUGGCCAGAUUUGAGGCAAUGCCGCGGUGGGGUGGAGCUUGCGGUUUGUUCUGGUGUGCUUUGGCAAGGUACCAGUGGUGGAACGGCCGGCAAUUCUCAUGGACGUUUCGACAGUGCAAGUGAAUAUGCGAUUCAUCGUGAUUGGAAAGUGGGUGAUAUCGCUACAAAUGGAAACUGUCAGCCCAGUCCGACGCCCAGUCCGACGCCCAGUCCGAUCCCUAGCCCCACGCCAAGCCCGACGCCGUACCCGACGGCCUUCCCGACGCCGUAUCCGACGGCUGACGCUCUGCUAUUCGCAUGCGAUUUCGAUGAUGCUUCGGAUCUUGGCAAAACACUGCUGGUACGGAAUCCACGUGUUUGCGCACGUUCUACGGGUCUUUUAAGCAGACGUCUGGCAAAAACAGCGUUGGAGCUGUUUCCUUCGAGAGCUUUUCAGGUGCAGCAGAAUUCUCAGUUGGAGUGACGGGCGAUACCUUCAGUAUGUUGUUGUGGAUGGACAUGCGGGCACACAAUCCGUUUACUUACGGUCGGUCUUACUUGAUUUAUUUUAGACCUAAUGGGCAAGGGGCAUUAUAUGUUGACAGCGAUAACACUAUUAAAUUCAACAGCAUGUACGGGAAUUGGCAGGGUGAGGCUUCGUGGGAGAGAUCAUUUGCCUACGCGCCAGCGUUUGACACAUGGGUGCAUUUUGCUAUCGUCUCAGACCCUUCAGGGACGCGCCUGUUCAAGGACGGUACAUUGUUGUAUGAGGCUCUCGCAUCGAGUUGUGGCACAUCGUACAGCACCGCUUUGGUCGACAAAGCAGUUAUUGGCUCUUACUUCGGAUCAGUUGGCAAUUCAGGGUCGUACUUCUUGGAUGCUUCGAUCGACGACCUCCAGUUUUACAGGUCGGCGUUAUCAGCGCAAGAGGUACACGACAUCUGCGCUGCGACGCCAGCACCGACGCCGGCGCCUAUUCCCGCGCCCCUGACGGCCGAUCCGACGCCACACCCAACUGCCUUCCCGACGCCUUACCCGACGGCGUUCCCGACGCCGUACCCGACUGCCUUCCCGACGGCCGAUCCGACUUCGUACCCGACGGCCUUCCCGACGCCGUAUCCGACAGCCUCAAGCCCUAAGGCCGUCCCGGCGACAGUGUCGUCUGCAGUUGGCGAUCCGCAUCUGCAGAACAUUCAUGGUGAGCGGUUCGACCUGAUGAAGACGGGCAGGCACGUCUUGAUCCAUAUUCCACGAAGGGACGAUAAGAACACUCUGCUUCGUGUGGACGGGGACGUGCAAAGGCUGGGUGGGCAAUGCGCUGACAUUUAUCCCGGAUUUCCAAGAGCUGAACAUCACAGGGUCGUGGGCGAAUGUGAAACGCGCUGGCGGUUUUCACUACAGCGCUCAGGUCAUCGGCUACCACCGCCCCCGCUGGGCCAAGUUCGGGACCGUCCAUGUGAAGGUCGCCCACGGGCGCACACAACAGGGCUUUAGGUAUCUAAACCUCUACGUGAAGAACCUCGGUCGCGCCGGGUAUCAAGUCGGAGGUUUACUCGGCGAAGAUGACCACACCAAGGAAGCGAUACCGCCCGAGGCGUGCCACCACCGGGUCGCCUUAUAAACAAGGCGUUGCGAUGGCUUUUACCUCAAUGCUGUACUGAGCGGGGUGCAUGGCUUCUCCUCCUGUUCCUCCGCUCCCGGAUGAGGCAAAUGAGCCAGCAUGGCCACAUGCCUAUUGCUGCCUGGCCACAUGCCUAUUGCAAGUUUUGGGGUCUGAAGGUUUCUUCGGACACCCAUCCAUAUUCUGAUUUGGGUGGACUCGCUGCUCAGCUGGAGCAGCAGGGUUGCCCUCUGUACACGCGCUGUUGCGCCAGCUCCACUGAGACUUCCCGUGGCUUGCCUUUUGCUGCAGCGUCUAGUACAGUGAUUGUUGUCUUGACGUGUCGGGAAACACGCCUUACACAUUCUUUUGAGUCCCACUACGGCUUGGCCUUUCCGUUGGCGCGCUGGGGUCUGCCAGCUUCCUCGGAGAGUUAGCUGGCUUCAUCAUUAGGGGGAAUUCACAGUCUUGGGCGCCGAACAGAUUUCUUCGCCCCAGGGCCUCAAAGUUUUCCUUUGAGGCAUGGGCUGUAUGCGGGCGCGCGUGCAGCAAAGGCUUUGUCCAGAGCCGUUCGUUCCAGCCUUCCUCGCGUGCCCCCUAUCCACAUCCUCCUCCUCCUUCCUCCCUCUUGGCAUGUCUCCCCUCUUCCAUUUUCCAUGUGUCAUGCGUUUUGCAGCGUCUGCGGCGGAUCCCCAGCCCAUCCCAGAGUUGUCCGCUCGCUGCGGGUUCUCUUCGAUGCUGCUGAUGCGGUAACGUGGCCGCGCCUGGAGAGCGCAUGUUCUUCCCUUUUCCUCCCUUCUGUCGAGGACUGUGUCCUCGACCUCUGCCUCUUCCACUUGUUUGUUGUUUCCUCUGAUCUGUCAGCCACCCCGCUCUGGAUGCGCGCGAAGCUCAUCUUCAUGGUUCUCUUCGCCCCC